AGACGGGGUCUCACAAUGUUGCCCAGGUUGAUCUUGAACUCCUGGUCCCAAGCCGUCCUUGUGCUGUGCUGCAAUUACAGGCGUGAGUCACCAUGCCUCGCUGACAUCAGGAUUUUUAAAGCAACCCCUCUCUCUACCCACUCCCUGCCGCUGCUCUGGGAGUCUCAUGAGCACCUGGAGUCAGAAUCACUGUGACGUCGGGUGUCUCUAAGCCACCUCUUCCCACCGCCCCCCAUCCUUGGUUUCAGUCCAGGCUUUGGCAAGUGCCCAGCCCUCCCACUGGUCAGGUGGUGGCUCUGUGGGGUCUGCCACCCUGGGAAUUCUCCAUGGAAAGCCCUCUCCUCCCCAAGCCUGUCUCAGAGACUGGGGCUGCCUGGAUCCUAUAGAACAACUGUUGCUCUCCCUCCCUCACCCCCACUGGGAGCUGAGGUGGGGGUGGUUGGGGCCUGGCCCCUGCUCUACAGCCAGGAAGACAAUUCAGGAAACAAAAAACAAAAGUGACCACCAAAGGGAGCUCUUCCCCUCUCUCACCCUGGACUUUCCUGCCAGGGCUGCCCCUCCCUUGGAGGACUUCCCAAUUCAUAAAUAAGACGAGAGGGGCUGGGUCUCCAGGCUGGAACUGAAACCACGUAGGGCGAGCCAGGGUCCUGGGGAUGCUCUGAGACCAAGGAAAGGUGGCACGUUCUCCGGGCUCCCUGACCAUGGAGCGUUUGGAGGAAGCAAGACCUAAGAGCAGAGGGGAUUCUGCUGUCUUUGGUGGGAGCUCCAGACGCCUUUCCCUCCUCCUAGAGCGUCUUGAGAACUUGGUGUGUGCUCUCCUCUCAGGAAGCUGAGGCUGUGAAUUUUGGGCUUGGCCAGCCCUGCAUUUGUUCUUGGAGAGGCCUCCUGUGGGAGGCUGGAAACACCUGCAAGUGGCAUCUGUGGGAAGGAAGGGAAAGGAUCCUUCAUGCAACUGCUGCAGGGCUUCAGCUGGUCCAGAGCUUGGGUGACGCUGACCCCGUUCCUGCAGCCUAGGCUCCAGCGCCAGGCUGGUCCUGAGUGGGCAGCUGUUUCCUCCCAACUUGAGAGUGGGUGGGGGACAGUGACAGACCCAGUAGUUGCUUCAAUCUCAGAUAUGGAGCAGGUGUAAUGGAUGCUGCUGUACCACCCAGGUCCCCUUAAUCUAUUGCAUGCUGUGAGUGUUGACAGUGCUGGGUCUUAGUGGCACACGUUUCCUGAGAAUUGCUCUUGCAGGGAAAUGCCUACGGGCUGGCCCUCUGCCAAUGACUGACAUGCAGCGGUCCAGAAGCGCCACCUGCCCACCUCCACGUAGGACAACUCUGGGGGCCCUUCACACCACAGAGCUCCCCAGGGGAUCAGCUGUGGCUGGGCUCCAGCUGAACCCACCUCAUUCCUAGCUCCUCCCACUGCCCCCGUCCUGCCUCCCCCACUCCCUUACAGGUUUCUCCUGAAAACACCUGCACAAUAAAUCACAUGCUUUCUCUCAGGCUCUGCUUCUAGGAAUCCCCUGGCCUAAGGUAGCAGGUUAGUGUCCCUGGACAGACUGCUGAUCCCAUCCCCUUCCUGGAAGCAGUAAUCAUGAUAACCCGGGUGCAGGAGAGGCACAGGCUGGGAGCUGGGGGCUGGGGGCCAGAGAGGAAGCUCCAGGCCCAGGAGGGGAGAGAAACACCAGCAGGUGACUUCUGUGUGGGGUACGUGCUGUGCUGAAGGGCAGGCCGAAGUGGGAGUGCCUGUCCCUGCAUUGUCCAGGGGGCAUUUAUAGGGGGAGGUAAGUUUUGAUGAGGGUCGAGGCUAGAACAUGUGAAUCUGGGUCUGAGGGGGAGCAUGGGCACACUCACAGAGCAUAAAAAGUAGGCUCAGAAAGUUCUCUGUGGCUGGGAUGUCAUCAUAUUAAACGGCCAGAGGACCUUCCCUCUGUAAAGACGUCCUCCUGGGUCUUAGGGAAGGUCUUACCCCCAAGUUGUCUUUCAGGCAGUCAGGGAGUCAUGAAUGGAUCUCCAAGUAACCAGCUGAAUUCCACUGACAAGCAGAAUGCAUUGCCCAGGCAUUUAAUGGAGCUGAGGAGAAUUUGGAACAUUCUGCCAAAGCAUGAAGCCAGUGCCAGAGGGAAAACUUGACUGGUUGGUGGUCCCAACAGGGUUGCAGCAUGACAGGAACCUGGGAGACUCAUGUCUCAACUAGGCAAGCCCAGCUGUAUUCACAUCUCCAGCUAUUUUGGCAGACAUGCUUUGUGGCCUCUCCUUCCGAUGAAAAGAGAAAGGAAGAAUGGACUACAGCCACCAAACGUCCCUAGUCCCAUGUGGACAAGAUAAAUACAUUUCCAAAAAUGAACUUCUCUUGCAUCUGAAGACCUACAACUUAUACUAUGAAGGCCAGAAUUUACAGCUCCGGCACCGGGAGGAAGAAGAUGAGUUCAUUGUGGAGGGGCUCCUGAACAUCUCCUGGGGCCUGCGCCGGCCCAUUCGCCUGCAGAUGCAGGAUGACAACGAACGCAUUCGACCCCCUCCAUCCUCCUCCUCCUGGCACUCUGGCUGUAACCUGGGGGCUCAGGGAACCACUCUGAAGCCCCUGACUGUGCCCAAAGUUCAGAUCUCAGAGGUGGAUGCACCGCCGGAGGGUGACCAGAUGCCAAGCUCCACAGACUCCAGGGGCCUGAAGCCCCUGCAGGAGGACACCCCACAGCUGAUGCGCACACGCAGUGAUGUUGGGGUGCGUCGCCGUGGCAAUGUGAGGACGCCUAGUGACCAGCGGCGAAUCAGACGCCACCGCUUCUCCAUCAACGGCCAUUUCUACAACCAUAAGACAUCCGUGUUCACACCAGCCUAUGGCUCUGUCACCAACGUCCGCAUCAACAGCACCAUGACCACCCCACAGGUCCUGAAGCUGCUGCUCAACAAAUUUAAGAUUGAGAAUUCAGCAGAGGAGUUUGCCUUGUACGUGGUCCAUACGAGUGGUGAGAAACAGAAGCUGAAGGCCACCGAUUACCCGCUGAUUGCCCGAAUCCUCCAGGGCCCAUGUGAGCAGGUCUCCAAAGUGUUCCUAAUGGAGAAGGAUCAGGUGGAGGAAGUCACCUAUGACGUGGCCCAGUAUAUAAAGUUCGAGAUGCCGGUACUUAAAAGCUUCAUUCAGAAGCUCCAAGAGGAAGAAGAUCGGGAAGUAAAGAAGCUGAUGCGCAAGUACACCGUGCUCCGGCUAAUGAUUCGACAGAGGCUGGAGGAGAUAGCCGAGACCCCAGCAACGAUCUGAGCCAUGAGAACGAGGGGAUCUGGGCACCCCAGGAACCGCCAUUGCCCAUAAGACCCCCAGGAAGCUAGGCACUUUCUUUCCAUGGAAACAUUUAGACACAAACCUCCCCAGCUCCGGCCAAGCCAUCAUUUGCUACCUGGAGCUGGAUGUAGAAGUCAGCAGACAGCUCCCUAUCCCUGGACCCCUGCCCUCCUUUUUUCUGCUCACAAGGACUUUUGAUUUUAGUUACAAGGAGGACCCAAAAUGUGUGUGUGUGUACAUGUGUGUGCACGCAUGGUACGUGUCCAUGUGCCUACCUGAUACUUUCACAUGUAAUUAAAUUCCAGGCAACCAGCACAAGAGCCGUGAGCUUGGCACGUGUGCUGCUCGUGAGCAGGAAAAUCAGAGGAGCCACUGAUCUGAGUGGUAUUUAGGUUGAAGGAAAGAUUUCUCCUCUCAAGUGCCAGGGAGCAGCCACAUGUCUGUCUGUGUUUAGAGAGGGAAGAGGGUUCUCCAGGUUCACCAUUUGGGUUGUUUAUAUGUUGGUAGAAAUUCUCCCUGUACGCCUAGAAGGAUCAGUGAAUGUAAGAGCCUUGGAAAUUAGCAAAAUAACAGCCACAUAACCUUGCGGCAAGUCUGAUGGAAAGAAAAAGAUAAACCAUCCGUGGGGUAGAUGCAAUAAGCCCACGUAUUUUUACACUGGAAACGCUGAUUGUUUUAAAUGACAAAGACAUAUGUGAUGUUCUAUGUGGAAACCUGUGAAGAGUGGAUUCUGCCUCCAUCUCUGCCUCCAUGGCUACCUUUAGGAGACAGAGAAGAUCCUGUGUGUUUCUCUGUACCCAGCUGACAGCCUAUCUCUCUGGCGCUUCCUUGAGUGGAAGGAAAUGUCUCAAGAAACAAAGAUCUCGCUGGUGCGUACACAGUGCUGACCAGCUAGUGUGGCCAGGGCCUGGUGGCCUGGUGACCAGGAAGUUUCAGGUUGAAGGGAAAUGUCGAGGCUACCUGUGGAAAUGACAGGUGCCUUGAACGCAGCCCAUCUUCAUGUCAUCAAAGGUCUUCCUGCACUUGAAGCUGGGGCGAUGUUUGCAGUCAAGACCAUUCUUUCCAACCUCUGGGUUCUUGCAAGUUGCCCUCACCUUGUGUGUGGAGAUGCAUUCCAAGAAUGAAGCCUCAUCUUGCUAGUGAGUGUGGGGUUCAGGGAAGCUCUUUAGGCCACCUGGUGAAGGUGCACGGGGAGGAUGGAGCUUCUCCUCAGCUCCUCUGAGCAGCCACCUAUGUGAUCUUUAAAUCCAACCCCAAUGGGAGAAAAGGGCAAGAACAGUCUGUGCCCUGGGACUCCCAUCAGGAAGCUUGACAGGCAGCUGGGCAUCAGUGCAGCUGAUAUCGUUUGAGGAGGGAGACAGAUGCUUGGCCCUGGGUGCCUGGCUAUGGAGAUUGACCAAGCAAGAUCAGGAGCUCCUGAUAGCAGGCGUCUUUGAGCCUAGCUGGGGUAGAGGCACUGCCCAUCUCUUCUCCACCUUCUCUCCACAGAAUGUUUGCAGAGCUGGGCAGUUGAGGAAGGGACAGCCCCUGGUUGGUGCCUCCAAAGGAAGGUGGACCUUUUUGGUGGAGACGUUUCUGCCCUGGGCACCCUCCUGCCCCCCAUUCAUACCUAUGGCUUCUUUAGAAGGCUCACAGCUGUGGUCUUAAUGUAGACUGCAAAAAGAUGGCAUGCGGCCCCUGGCAUUUCGCCAGGGGUUUUAUACCAAGUCUCCUUCUUCCAUAGGGACAGCAGCACCAGCCCUGUGGGGCAUGGAGUGGAAACCCAGAAGGGCUUCUGCAAGCUGCACAGAAUUGGGGUAAGAAGACAAAGAGUGGGCACCGGGAGAGGCUUCCUUUGUUACAGCUGGGAAAGAACAGUUCUGUGAAUGCAAACACCUCCUGAGUUUUGCAAUUGAGAAAAUGAUUUGGAGAACUUCUCUUCUGGUAAUUUUUAUUUUGAAUGUUCAAGGCCUUAGUUGGCCCCAGAAAUUCUCCUUGGAGGACUUGGGAGAAGAAUUUCCACAAAGCAAACUACUAACCACUAGCUCUUAUUGGACAGCGAUUUCUGGCUUAUAAGAGUUCUCUUUGAUUUGCACUAGCACUACGAUAGUGUUAAAUGGGGAAAUACUGCAACAUGUCCAGUUGGCCAGAUCACUUUCCAAGGGAGCAAUACUAAGGCAGACUCAGCUUUUUAAAGAUGGGAGGUCAGGAGGUGGAAGUGAGAGGAGAUCCCAUCUCACACAACACACUUCCACGUAAUGCAGACCACACUUUUCCAUUUUGUCCUGCCCUCUUGAGAGGUCAUUUCUCACGUCCUAAGAACCUGAUCAGAAAUUUUGGAAGGGUUCUUUGAAAUAGCAGCAGUUGAAACAGAGACACUUUGCCACAGUGUGGAGCAGAUUUUCUCACUGGUAUCACAUGGUCUUGCAGUUUUGAACUCUUCGACUGAUUUGUGGGAGUUUAUGUAAUUGCGUGCAAUGAACCUGAAAUUGUGUAAAGAACAAAAGACCAGUUUAUAGGGUUGGGUUUUUUUUCCAACUUGUGAAAAGCAUUUAGCUGCAUCUGUCUCCCCACCACCCCCACCCCGGGAGGGGCUUAUGUUACAAGGUGAUCAAGUGAAGGAAAAACCUGAGCCUGUCUGGCUGCGAUGGUGGAAUUAAGCACAAGGUCACAUUCUCUGUGAUCACAUGAGAGGGAAGGUGAUGACUUAAAUGGCAGGGGGUGGGGAUUAUCUUGGGCAGAGGCUGAAAAGCACAAAAGAUAGUCUUGCCUGUACGUAUUGGUGAAGAACGUGCACAAGGCUGGAUGGACUUCAACUUGGAGUUGAGUUGAGGCAAGAGGAUUUCUGGAUAUUAGUCACCCAUCUGCAGGAAAAAUGCUGAGGCCUUGGGUCAAGAUUUUGAUCUGAGACGUGCUGAUGCUUCAAGGAGAAAUAUUUUCACAAUCCUCUCUUCCCUCACCAAAAGAAAACAGUACUCUCUCCUAGAAACCUCUAGGUAAACACAUUUUAUCCUAAUAUCGGUAGCAUAUAAUGCCCCCCCAAAAUAUCUGUUUUUCAUGCAAAAAAUCUCAAAAAGAAGUCUGUGGAGGUGAGUGGUUACUUCAAAGUGUCAGGAGAGUGAAGAAAUUGGCCACAGAAGAGCAAGAAGCUCUCUUAAGAAACGGGAAUUCUCUUUAAAGAAACCACCACCAACAACAAAACAACCAAAAACCAUGUUUUAUGUCAAAGCUCUGUAGCACAGAGAAUGUGGUGUCAUAGAUACAUUGCCGAGAGAGAUUUCUUUCUUUCUUUUUUUUUUUUUGAGACAGAGUCUGGUUCUGUUUCCCAGGCUGGAGUGCAGUGGUGCGAUCUCAGCUCACUGCAACAUCCGCCUCCAGGGUUCAAGUGAUUCUCCUGUCUCAGCCUCCCAAGUAGCUGGAAUUACAGGGACCCGCCACCAUGCCCGGCUAAUUUUUUUGUGUGGUUUUAGUAGAGGUGGGGUUUCACCAUCUUGGCCAGGCUGGGCUUGAACUCCUGACCUCGUGAUCCACCCGCCUAGGCCUCCCAAAGUGUUGGGAUUACAGGCGUGAGCCACUGUGCCCAGCCAAGAGAGAAAUUUCUACAUGAACAAGACAAUUUCAGUGUCUUACAGCGGCCAAACCAUGACGUGAAGAAUGAGAUAGGAGACAGGAGAUCACCAUAAGCGUCCCUGAUAUAGCAGCACACAUUUUCACGUUUCCACUUAAAUCGUUUUGCACAAAGUCUUGCUUCACUCAGAUGAGAUGAGAUAUGAUUUCCUAGAGAUGUAAAAAUAAGAAUGCAUGUGGCGCCCCCUUCUUCCAGAUGUAAUAGAAAGCUCUGCCCUAUCACAAGGGGGGUGUUGAAGCGCCCCUUGUGUUUUAACUGUAUUUAACUGAGCACAAGAUGCACAAGCUAUGGUGGGAAACCCUCAGUUUACCUUUGGAGUCUUCCCUGCAGAUUGCAGACCUGUUUCCAGGCUGAUGUUUCUGGUGUGUAAUUGCUAGUGUUUCUGAAGGGUUUUCCCAAUUGUUUUAGCCUUGUGAAGUAUUCUUAAUUAUAACUUGCCUUUCAGCGAUGGUACAUGACUUGAUUCGACGUUUGGUUCUGAACUUACACUCUGAUGCGUUUACUUAUCUAACAUAAUCUGACAAGGCCUCAGUAAGGGAGCCAUACAUUUUUGUAGCAUUUUGAUAUGUUUUAAUGCAUCUGACUUAGGUCUUACUGAAAUAAAGCACUUUUCAAAGAGA